CAGCUCCUCCACACUGACCACAGAGGGACCGGAGGAUGCCCACGCAUCAGCACUUGGUCGAUAAGAUGAGAAGACACUCCUGCUUUGUUUUUUUGUUCUGUGGGAUAUUUUUGCCUGGAAUCCUUGGUUAUCCACAGACAAAUACCUCAAUUGAUUGUGAUUCUCUGUUACCAAACUAUGAAGCUGAACCACAGACAUCUGCACCACCAUAUAUUAUUGCUGUAUCUUUUGAUAGCUUUGAGCCAGGAAAUGAAGUCCAAGUAACUCUAGAAGCACUUGGAGAUGCUGGGUUUAAAGGAUUUAAUCUACAAGCUCGAGAAAUAGAUGGAGAUGUUCCUGUUGGUACUUUUAAAAUUACAGAUCCAAACACUAAAGGCUUGGAAUGUCAUAACGUGACGAAUUCAGCAGUAAGUCAUGCCAAUUCAGAUGUGAAACAGAAGAUUACAACAACAUGGAUUUCUCCACAUAAUGUUAGAGAGCUUCAAUUUAUUGCAACUGUUGUUCAAAAUCUAGAGAACUUUUGGGUUGGAAUUCAAAGCAAAACUCUCACACCUACGCAUUCUGAGUCAGUUAACGUGACAGGAAAAAGUAAAAGGAAGUUUAUGAUAGAAUUAGAAUGCAACAAGCGUGGAGGGACCUACUCAACAGGCCGGUGCAUCAUGGUUGGACCUUCCAGUUCCUCUCAGAGCACCUAUUCAGGCAGUCAGGGUGGAGUAGUCUACACAAUAAGCAAGAGUGGAUGUGGCCCUGGAGGUGCUGCUGGUGCAUACAGCCAACAAGCCUGCAGAGAUAGUGCAUCUUUAUCCAGCAGUGGUAUUACUUAUGGCCAGUCUGUCCCUUCAAGCAGUUCAGAUUCCAGUAAGAAGGUAGUGGUCGUUGCCAACAGCAACCCUUUUCCACCUGUGCGUCACACCUUCCCUCAGAGUUUGGGAAGCUCUGCUACAAGGAUCAUAGUACAGAGUGGACAAAAACAGCAAACCAGCAGCAGUACUUAUAUUCAGGGUUCCCAAGGCAGCCCGUCCUAUGGCCAGGCCUACAAACCUCAAAGUGGCAGUUCCUAUGGUCAGGGUGGACCAAGUUUCUCAGGCAGCAGCAGCUCCUAUGGCCAGGGCUACCAGCCUCAAGGUGGCAGUUCCUAUGGACAGACAUUAGAGAGGCAUCUGCUUCACAUAUACAAUAACUAUGAAUCAAUCAUUAAUUUCAUACAGGCCUACAAACCUCAAAGUGGCAGUUCCUAUGGUCAGGGUGGACCAAGUUUCUCAGGCAGCAGCAGCAGCUCCUAUGGCCAGGGCUACCAGCCUCAAGGUGGCAGUUCCUAUGGACAGGGUGUCUCCUAUGAUAGCAAUCCCUGCCACCAGGGUGGUUCAUAUUCCUCACAAAAGUACGGUGGUAGCCAACAGAGUGGAUCAUCAUACUCCCAAAAUUAUGGUGAUAACCAGGAUGGAUCCUACUCACAAAACUAUGGUGGUGGCCAAGGUGGAUCAUCCUCAGACACCUAUUAUGACAGUCAGGAGUCACAAGAUUCCUCAUAUGAUAAUAAUCCCAAUGCUUGUGAUGAUGACACAUCGCAUGUUUUAAGCAGAAGAGCCUAUGAUGUACAGAAUGCAUCUUCUUCAAAUAGCAGCCACUCUGACAUGCAGGGUGGAUCAUUUAUUGCAACCAGUGGAUCAAGUAAUCAGGGUGGCUGCAUUUGUCCUGAUGGAAGCAGCGGUCAUAGACAGGGAGCCCCAGGUUCUUCAUACAGCACAUAUUCUGGUAACCAGGGAGGGCCUUUCUUCUAUCCUGGAGGAUCCUAUGGACAGGGUGGCCCAGGUUCUUCCCACAGUUCUUACUCUGGUAACCAGGGAGGGCCUUCCUUCUAUCCUGGUGGAUCUUAUGGACAGGGAGCCCCAGGUUCUUCAUACAGCACAUAUUCUGGUAACCAGGGAGGGCCUUUCUUCUAUCCUGGAGGAUCCUAUGGACAGGGUGGCCCAGGUUCUUCCCACAGUUCUUACUCUGGUAACCAGGGAGGGCCUUCCUUCUAUCCUGGUGGAUCUUAUGGACAGGGAGGGUCUUCUGCUUAUGAUGGCAGCAGUGAAUCCUAUGGUCAGGGUGGAUCUUCUGCUUAUAGUGGUUCUGAGACUUAUGGCCAGGAUUCAGCUUCCAUGGGAGCCAGUGAAACGGAAUAUAGUGAUUCCUCCUCACCAUCUGGUAGCCGCCAGAGUGAACGGGAUUUUUAUUCCCCAGGAGGCAGCCAGUCAGGUGGACAUGGGUCAUCUUCUCAAAGUGGUAGCUACUCCAGUGGACAGGACUCAGCCUCAUCUGGAAGCAGCCAGUAUGGGGGGCAGGGUUCACCUUCCUCAGGAGGCAGCCAGUCUGGUGGACAGGGUGGAUGUGAUUGUUCUGGGGGAAGUUCUGGUGGAUCCUCUACUUUAGUCAGGAGUGAUUCCUCUGUAAAUGACUCAUCUUCCUCUGGAGGCAGCCAGUACAACAGCCAAGAUUCAUAUUCCUCUGGAGCUAGCCAGUAUGGAGGACAUGAGUCAUCUUCUUAUGGAGGCAGCCAGUAUGGUGGACAAGGUUCAGGAGGCAGCCAAUAUGGUGGACAGGGUUCACCUUCUUCAGGAGGCAGCCAGUAUGGAGGACAGGGUCCAUCUUUGCCAGGCAGCAGCCAUUAUGGAGGACAGGGCUUUUCUUCAGGAGUCAGAGAGUCUGGUGGACAGGGUGGGUGUGUGUGCCCCGGUGGAGGUUCAGGCUCUUUCUCAGGAAGCAACUACCAUGGUGGACAGGGUUCGUAUCCUGGAAGCAAUCAGUACGGUGGACAGGGAUCUUAUCCCUCAGGAAGCAGGCAAUAUGGUGGGCAGGGCUCAUAUCCUUCUGGAGGCAAGCAAUAUGGUAAACCAGGUUCCUCUUCCUCAGGAGGCAGUCAACAAGGAAAGCCAGGCAGCUCUAGCUCAGGAAGCACUUACUCUGGGAAACCGCACUCACCUUACUCAGGCGGCAGUCAAGUGAGUUCUGCUGGGAAACACUCCGCUCCCCAACUCCUGAUGUUAUUCAGCAUUUUGAGUGCCUUUGCUCUCUCUGCUGCUGUAUCAAAAUGGUCUAUAUGAACUUCUGAAGUGUUACUUGACAUCCCAAACACGGAUUAUAUUCCAUAUUAUUAGAUUACUUAAUGUAAAGAAAAAAAUACCAUUAAGUCAAAUUGGCAGAUGCUACUUGGCUGUUAUGUUGCAUGUCUAGCUGGUAUGUCAUGCCCCUCAUUAGUUUACCUCUGGUUUUAGUCAUUAGUAGAUACCAUUAGUUGUGUCAGUGUUUUAGGCAUCAUUUUAAGAGAGCACAUUAUACCCUACCUAUAUGAUUUAUUUUUAUUUCCAAUAGUGAAUGCGAUGAACACCUACCUGAAAUGAUUGGUGUGACAAAUGAAAACUUAGGAAAUAUUUGGUUAUUAACCAAAAGUAGACAAAGUGAAAUAAAUUGUUGUAUAUGCAAACUGAACAUUGUGCCUGUUAAUCAUCACAUAAGACAAGGCUAAUGUAAACUUCUGAUAAGCAAUUCUCCAUGGGACAGAAGAAAAGAUGCUGAAGUGGUAUCAGAGUAUUAGUUUUAGUCUUUUGUAAUCUAAUGUAAAUUCAAUAUGGAGAUUGCAAAGCAAAAAAACCCAAAAACUACCAAAACCCAACAACUCCACAGGACUGAAUUUUUUUGGGUUAAUUAAAGUUUAUUAAUUAGAAAAAUGAAACCGCUCAGAGCAAAGACAUUAUGAACUCCAUCCAAACCAACUUCAAAUACAUAGAAUUCUGUAGAGAAGCAUAUGAGGCAAAUGUACCCCAGAUUAGGCUGAUAAACUAAAUCUGCUGAAAAAGAAAGUGGUUUUCCUUGGAAGGAGUAGAAAAUUAAUUAAAUUACUAGAACGAAUACCAUCUUGGCUCCUUUUUCCAAGUAUUUAAUCUAACCUGCGAUACCUUGUAUAUCUGAAAGGUUAAUUUCAUGAGUGAUGCGUACAUCUGCAAGCAGGUACAUCACUGUGCUCGCUGAAGUACCAGAGCCCAUUUUUGAUUCAGGAGCAGUUCCACACCUUGGAGCAAACCCUUUUGGAGCUCUCAGAGCCACCUUCUGUUUAGUGUUAACAAAGCGCAUUCACCUAAAGCAUACUUCUAAUGAAUGUGUUAGUGAACAUGUGCCUGCUAUUAAAAUUACCAUUAUUAGUAACGUGCUUCUCUGUCACGGUUUACAAUUGUAAUUGGUGGGAGAGGUUUCCAUGCAAGUUUUCCUACCAACUUCCGUGGGGCCAGGAUUUCACCCGGUUUUGAUGUGCAGCACUACCCUUUGCCACCCAUCGGUAAAUCAACCUGUAAUUGAAGCACAAAGUUAUGCAUUUAUACAAUCUUCAAAUUCUGUUUUGACAAUUUGUUUCUUCGGACAGCGCAGUAACGUUCUGUUUGAGAGGUCCGUACCUUAAUUUGAACCAGCCCUGCCAUUCUCUA